AGAUCUAGAUUUAUAUAUCUACAAUGUCAAUGUCCACUCUUUUCUUAAUAGAUCUAGAAAUCUAGUCUAAGUGUUAGACUAUGUCUAACUAAAUGUCAGAAAUUAGGCUGUCACUUGAUCAUAGACUAGAUUAACUAGAUAUUAGAUCUAAUUAAAUCUGUAGUCAAGUCAAAGUGUAGUCACUUCACUAGUCACUAGUAGUACUAUCAGUCAGCGUAGUAGUGGAUCUAGAUUAGAAUCUAGACUAUUCUAGAUCUAGUAGUAUUUCUAGAGUUCUAGACUAGGACAAGUCACUGUCACUAGUCAGUGACUGAGUCUGAGGUAGUGACCAUCAGCAUAUGAUGGGACUCUUGAGACACCCCAGACAAAAGGAAUCUUUUUAAAGAAAUGCAAACUUCACUAAGUCUUGAGUAUGACAUCUAGUAAAAAAACUUUCCAAGGCAAUCAAAAAAGUCGAGUACAUGUUUCUGAAAGUGAAAAGCUGCGACGUGAUGUCGAGGAACUAGAGGAUGCCCUACUAUUGCACUCUAGAUAUCAUUCUCAGACUGACAGCGUGAGAGGUUUGAUUAGGAAGGAGAUAGAUGGCUCUCACUGGGAGCAUGGAGGAGAUGGGAAACUCACUACCUAUCAUUCAAAGCGUGAUUUGAUUCAGCCAUCAGAGAUGAAAGACAGAAAACAUGACAAGAACAAACUUUUGCAAGAGAGAAAUGAGACGUCUUUGAGAGAUUACUUCAACUCUGGUGCUGUGAAUACAAAAGAAAAGCAUAGGUCAAGGUCAUCUUCCAGACACUCAAAAAAGGAGAAGCAAAAAAUUGAGGGGCUUUAUGUUGAGGGUCAGUUUUCUAACUCUGAUUGGUCAAGGGUAGACACUGAUUUGACCUUGAAAGGAAUGAACACCAAAGACAAAAAACUUACACUAGGUGUUGACAGAAAUGCAAAACUGGAGAAAGUUGAUGAAAGAAGUCCAAGAAGAACUAAGCAAGAAGCAAGAAACGAGCAUCAGAAUAGUCGGAGUGUAAAUAACUAUUCUAAGGACAAGGUGUUAACACAAGUUGGCACUUAUGACGUAGACAAAACAACCUUGACCUCAUUUCAUUCUACAGACAGAAAAAAAGAGAAAAACAACAAGACCAGCAAGGAUCACUUGGUGAUUGCUGCUGCCCAGAGCACAAGAAUGCUUGAUGCAGAUCCUGCUGGUAGAAAUCCUGUUUCUAGUUUAGAAAUCUCGUACACUUACAUGCCUCCCGGGCCGGAGGCUCACAAGCAGCAGUCAGAUCUUACAUACCAGAAAACACUGGAGUUUCUGAUGUCUCAGCUCAGCCCUGCCAGUUCUCCUCACCAUGCACCCAGAGAGAAAACUAAAAGACAUAGAAGUAGUGAGCUGUCUAAAGACAGUGGGAGAGAGUCUAGGCACGAGUCACGACGUCACACUGGGGAUGGGCGUCAUAUUUCCAGCAAAUUUGGGGCAACUAGCCAGGGGGUGUCGUAUCUAGACUCCAGAACAUGGCAGCCUGGUAUCAAAGACUCAAUUCCUGAUGAAAGGACAGCCCCAAAGUUUGAAAAAUCUUAUUCAGGUCUAGAGAGCUACAGAAAUGACAGAUUUUCUUUAUCUCCAAGUUCUGGAGACUCCAGAACCAGUGAAGGGAAUAAAUUUGAAAUAGAUUUCCCUGGUUUAUAUAGCUUCAACUCCCAGCAAAAUCUUUCACAUAAAACUGACGCAGUGGCUAGAAAUCAAAGUGAACCUAAUUACAUAAGAGCUCAAACCUUGAUGCCAGAGUCACCCAAUGAACAUCUAGAGCAUUCCCCCAGUCCAGUGUUAACUAAUCAGUCCAAUUUCAUCUCAUUCCAAUCCAAUGCCAGUGUAAUCAAACAAGCAGCAUUCAAUACAUUCCAAUCAGAACCGACUUUAACAUCUGCCAUCACUACAAAGACUUGGGUGCCACAAGACCCUACCACAUCUGCCAUUACAACACAGACUAGGGUGUCCCAAGACCCAGACACAUCUGCCAUUACAACAAAGACUACCCAAGACCCAGCCACAAUUGUUCCUGAAAGUGCAAAACAAAGCUCCUGUGAGAAGUUAGUAUGUGAUCCUGAUGUCCGAACCUGGCUUGAGAGCCUGGGUCUGCAAUCACUUGAUCACUACAUCCAACUUUUUGCUGAGCACCAGAUGGACAUUGCCAGCGUUAGGUUGCUGACUACUGGUGCCCUAAGAGACAUGGGUAUCAAUGCCCUAGGUCCCAUCAUGAAGAUAAUCAAGGGAGUUCAGAUUUUGUGUCGACACGAUAACAUUCAUGUAGAAAAGUCUGAAGUGAAACUUAUCGGAAAGGACAGUCAUAAAACUGAAGAGCCCAUUGGCCAGGAACCCAGUAGGUCAGCGUUGAGUCCAGAAGAAAGCAAUGUGGCAUCUUUGAAUGUAGAAACAUUAAGAUCUCAUGAACAAGGAGAGACAAAGUCAGGUUUGCAACUAUCUUCUCAGGAGACAAACUCUAGAACUGAAGAACAUGACAGACCUGAGAGACCUAAGACUAAUGCAUGGGAGCCUACAGAAAAUCAAACUGAAACAAACAGGACACACUCUUCAUCUGAAAAGUCAGAAAAAGGAUAUGCCAGUAAGAAAUCAACAAAAAAGAAAUUGAAAACAUCUAGGUCAGUGGUCAAAGGGAAGCCACCAUUGGCUAACAAAGUUGGUGAUGAUGGUGUAGCUGCUGCCGCGAAGAAGUUUGCUGCCAAACGCCAGGAACAAAUUAGGAAAUUGGAAGUUGAGGAGAAAAACUUAACAGCAAGAAAACAGAUUAGAGAUGAGUUGACCACUAGACAUCAACUUAGAAGAUCUUCAAGCCUUGAAAGAAAUGGUCAGGGCUCAAGUAGUCUUGCUAGGUCAUCAUCUUUUACAUGUGUAGGAACUGCUAUAGAAGAGCAAGAUAAAAAUAGUGAUGUUGCAAAAACUGAAGGAAAGACAAACAAGAAACGUGUUCCUAAUCUCAGGCAAGUUAGUCUUGAGAAGUAUGCUAGGGAUGACAGUGAGAUUUAUUCUGUUAGUCUUUCUGAUCAGAGUUUGGAAAAAAGUGACGGGCAAGUAUCACCUCAUGAGGAGUGGAACUUGGGAAACAUUUGGGCUUUGAAGAAGCAGCUCUUCGAUAUUGAAAUGAAGCUGGCACACAAGGAGGACAUGUUUAAACAGAAUGGUGCUCAAGGUUAUCCUGCUAAUCAUCAAGAUGUCUCCGGCACCACCAGAGGAGGUGGUGGUAGCGCUGAUGAAAAACUUUCUUUACUACAGCUGGAAGCACACAAUGAAGCAGGCUUGGCAGAUGCUUUGCCUGGCCUGCAAGAAGAUCUGAAUCAUAACUUCAAGCCAUCAACUUUCAAUGGUUUGCCUCCUAGAGAUUUACAGUUGAAUGCUACAUCACUCAGUAAGAAACAUCCACUUGUUAACAAGGAUAACACAGCUGGCUUGGCAAUGAACAAAGAUGAUAGGCUGAAUGGCGCGGACUUGACUAAGAUGGCAGUGGCUGGUCAUUCCAUGGCCAUCAAAGGGACUACUAUACACAGGGACUUUACUAAGCAGUUCCAGGCACACACUAAAAUACGUCCAGACCUGACAGCAACAGCGUCCCAUCUUGAAGACCUUAAGAAAGUGAAGUUGGAUAAAAAUGAUGUGACCUAUUCAGAAAGAGACUUAGUUGGGGAUGGAACAUUUUCACAAGUAUUCAGGGGAGACUAUAAAGGAACAACUGUGGCUGUCAAAAGGUUAAAAUUUCCUUUGCAGUCUACAGACAAAAACUAUUUCGCUGCUGAGGUUUCUAUGCUUCAGAAACUACAUCAUCCAAAUGUGCUGUCUCUGCUGGGUGUCUGCAACAUCAGAAAGUUGACACAUAUAGUCCUGGAAUUUAUGCCUGGGGGAAAUCUUCAUAAUUUAUUGCAUGGCACAAGCAGGAUGACUUUAGGAAGUGAUGUGUUUUACAAGGUUGCCAGAGAUAUCAGUUCUGGUGUCUACUAUCUUCACCACCGACAACCCCCUGUCCUUCACCUUAACUUAAACUCACAUAAUGUUUUGCUGGGCCCAGAGUUUCAUGCUAAAAUAGCUGACUUUGGCUUUUCCAAACUAAAACAUGAGGCAGAUACCAAAUUACCCAAAACCAGCAGACCAAAGCAUGUUACGGGUAACCUCCCAUUGUGGAUGGCGCCAGAGUUGAUUUGUGCAGGGGAGGUAACCGCCAAAGCAGACAUCUACAGUUUUGCUGUUGUAUUGUGGGAAAUGAUAACCAAUAAACUUCCUUAUGAAGGUUGUUCAGUCUAUCAGGUGUUAGAACAGGUGAGGACCAAUAAGCGUCCAUUGAUUCCGGACCAUUGUCCACCAGAUUUGUGCAGGCUUAUACAGAAGUGUUGGGACCAGAAUCCUGCGGCUAGACCAGGCUUUAAAGAAAUUUUAAAGGCAUUAGAACAGCUUUCUGUUUCUCAAAUAUGGAAAGCUCCUGAUUUACCUUUGAAUGCCUUCCAAAACGAUGAGCUUGAUCCAAAAAAAGAAGUGCCAUUUAAUAAUCUAUCACUAUCAGAACCAGAGUUGAAAGUCACAAAAGUCUUUGAACCUUCAGAAAUAAUUAGCCAAAUAGAAGACAAGACAAGAUUAGAACUAAAAUCAAUCUCUUCAGAGAGUGAUUCAGAGUCUUUCGUUCUUGUUGAAAACAAUCUGGGUCACAGCAUUCCAAUGGACAUUCCUCAACUCAGUGGUCAGUUCACAUCGACAGAAAACUCAACACUACAAGAGUUAGCACAGGCACACAUAACAUCAACAUCUCCAACUGUAACAUUAAGUCCUGUGUUGAAUUUGUCAAAGUCUAGUGCUUCACAAGACAUUCCUACUUCCAAAGCAAUUCACCCAAAUGUGCACAACACAGUCCAGAAAAGGAAUAAUGUUUCAAAUAAUUCUGUUCAAAAAGCUACACCGAAGAGUUUUCAAUUACCAGGUCAAGUCAUGAGCAAGUCAAAUGACUUCCAAAAAUCUAGUCAUGUAUCUGGGGACAAACUGCUUCCCCUCAGACACUCCAUGGACAAGCCCCAAGCUCCUUCUUCUGUUCCUUUCUUUUCAAUGAGUCCAUCAGUGUCUGAAAAAAGCUUGAGUAGUAGAAUGUCAGAUGAAGCUCUGGCUGGGCUGAUCAGCAAAUAUACAAAUAAGAACAAUAGCAAGGGAAGUAGAGAGACCCCAGAUAGUGCCUCAUUCACUCUGAAGCCAUCAGUUGCCCCUACAAGUGCACAUAACAUAAAAACACCCACUGCCAGUCCACAUUGUAUCAAAACUCCUGUAUCUAACAUCUCUGACAGUGACAGUGUCAAUACUUCAACAAACUUUGCUCCAUCAACUGAUAUUCCAAAGAGGAACUUGCAUAAGCCAGUACCAUCUUGCAAAAGAAGUAUACAUACUCCACUCACUGAUAAUGAGUCAUUCAGAUCUUUAGUCCAAGAAGAGCUCCACCCACCAUCAGAUAAAAGAGUCAACAGCAAAGCUUCCCUUCAUAAAGACAAUGUCCCUGCCAACCGUUUGGCAGAUACAUAUAGCAAAUUAGAUAUAAAACCCUCAACUGAAUGUGUCAUUGACUCAUUAAGUGAGAUGAACUUUGAAUCAAAACUCAGAACUUUUAGAGGCUCUGAAACCAUUAGGACUGUGGAGUCCCCAAGGAUUACUAAACCUGAUUCGCAGAGUACAACUUUAACAAAUGUCUCUAUGAAAGAUGAGACACUAACAAAUGUAGAGAAUACUUCUAUAGAUCAGGCUAUUCUAUAUAGUGAUUCUGAAAUUACCCUGACCCCUAAGGAUUUGAAGUCGAGUGCUGAGUUACUAACAGAAUCAGUGCCUGAUAUUUCAUAUAAAGUAAACAAUAAAGCAGAGCCAAAAGACAUAGUUAGCAGCUCUGUUUCUUCAUUUCCUGAACUGAUUGACCUCCAGGGUAUGCCUCAUCAUGUGCAGACUGAGACAGCAUCAAAAACAAGUACUGCCAUAAAUGCCAAAUUUUCAAUAGAUAUUGAUAUACAGAAAACAUCUGUUACUGACAGUCUGUUACUAGCUAACUUAUCCCAAGACUCUAGCCAUUCAUCUUCAUUGGACAGUAUUUCUGAGGACAGCUUAUGUGUUGAGUCAUCUAACCAUCAGGAGGACACUGGUGGGACAACUUUGCCUGAGUCACAAGAAGUGAUGUCCCCUCGAAAUGGGCAUCAUUCUAGAACUUCAUCCCCUAAACCGCAGCCUACCAAGUCUAUCAAAUACAAUCAAAUCAAGCCAGUCACUGUAUCCUCUUUGAGAACUCCUGAAACACACAAAACACCUUCUCUAGUCAGCCCUCAAGAAAGUUUCUUUCUUUCUGAACAAUUCAAUAAGGUUCAACCCAUAUAUUUGUUUGAAGGGCACGCAGAGUCAUUGAGUGCCAAAGGCAAGAAUAGUAAGGGUAACUUUGUGCAAACCACAUCACUGAUCAAAGAACAAAAAACUGUUUCCUCUGUAAAUACAUCAACACAUUUCAGAAACCCAGAAGCCCACAACCUUGAUGUGGUUCUUCCAACAACAGUUGACAGAUCUGAACAAGCAGUGCAGCCUUCAUCUGGGGUACCACCAGCUCCUGCUUUAAAAUCAGUAAACUAUUCUUCUCCCCUAACUUACUCAGGAUCUCAGGUCUCCAAAGAAGAUACCCCUACAUCUGUUCUUGGAGGGCUCUCCAAGUCAAUAUGGUCACAAGAACAUUUACAUCCCAAUGGACAAAGGAGGCCACAGCCCACUGCACAGGACAGGAAAGACAAAACUCCUCAAGAUGGCCAAGCCUCAGUUGGAGAGCAGUCAGUGAGGUUCUCUCUCGAGGCCAGCAUGCUGAAAAUGCAGAAAGGUCAGCUGAAGUCAGUUAAGACCAGAGAGCCUCCUCCAUUGGUCACUGUGAUCAAGGAAGUGGACGAUACCCCAACAAUAUCUGUAGCCAGUAUUUUGAAGAAGGCUUUGAUUGAUAGACGAUUUGCAAUGGGAGUUAACCAUGACAGUGCAGACUUCACCCCUGAUGCAUCAUGGUCUAUGCAAGAUGAAGAACUCUGAUCAAACUGAAUGAAAGCAGAUAUCUUUAGUUAGGUAUUUGCAUUGCAGUUUAAAUAUUGGAAGAACAAGUUUGGCUAGUCCGAUAUGCAAUUAGCUGAUUAAAUACAGGCUUAUAACUGUCAUAAUAUGAUCUUGUGGCUGUCAUAAUAUUUGAAUUUAAUGCAAUAGAAUACUCAUAUAUUUUUUAAUUUUAGCUCACUAUCUUCUUUUUUUUUUUUUUUCUAAAUCAUAUCUAGUAAUGUUAUUUAUAUUUAUGACUUUUAUGAGGUAUCAUUACAUUGUAAUUGACUUCCUUCCAUUAGAGAUAAUUUGUUUCCACUAUUAAACAUUUUUCUAUGGUUGUUUUCAUACCUUUUUUUAAAAAUGUUGUUAAUGACCUAUUAGUUACUAAAUUGUACACAUUUUUUUUUGUGUAAAAAUGUUGUUAAUGACCUCUUUGUUACUAAAUUGUACACAUUUUUUUUUUGUAUAAUAGAGACAAGAGUUGUUUGAAAAUAGUUCAAUCUUUGAACAAAGAAAAUGGCACUAUGAAAGUUAUUGUUUCUACAUUUCAAACUUGUGCAUAUUGAAAGACUCUAUAAAAGUAUUUUGUUUAUCAUUAUGUUUAGAUAACUUUAUACUUUCGUCUGAACACGAUCUUGGUUUAUAAUGACACUUCUGUACAGACUUCAACUUUUCUGUAUGAUAUUAGGCUCAGGCCUCCUCAACUGAUAUCUUCUGAAAUGUGUCUACAAGAUCUUAUAGAACCAGAAGUUCUUCUUAUAAUGAGAACAUUGAUUAGAUUAACUACAAGCUUCUCAAGGAAAGGGAAAUGGUUGAAAGUAAAGGUUAAAAGUAAAUGAUUUACUUCAGCUGUAGAUUUAUUGUUUCAUUUACUUUCCCCAAUUCAUCUACAACUAGUCAGUGGAAGAUGUUAAGUUUUGUUUAUUGUAACACUUAUGUAGAAGAUAUGCUUAUAUUCUUGAAGUAUUUAAUACCUUGAAGAUGUUAUGAUACAUACUCUAUUUAUUUUGUCUACAUACACAACAACUUACAAUAUCUACAAGGUUUUUAUUUAAAAAUAUAAAAAAUAGUAUUUUCAUCUUUCCAAAGAAAAUUAGUAAGUAUUAUUAUUAUUAAUCAGUUAAAUGAUUUAUAGGCUCAUUCUCUAUAGACUAAUUCAACCAGCGCCUGUGAUAACAUUGAAAAACCUAGUAACUAUCUCAUAGCAAUGAGUGUUAUUGAAUCAGAUUUUUGUUACACUACAAUUUUGUUGUGUUUGUUUUUUUCAUGGACAUUUUUAUUGCCAUAUGCAAAAAAUAAAUAUUUUGUAGUGACCUAUGCAUCUUUAAUAUGUACUAUGACUAAUACCGGUAAUGUAAUAAUAAUAAUAUGUUGUAUUAAAAUCACUGGUAGGGCUGAAGAGUCAACAUCACAUUUCUACACAAUGUAACUAUCUUUUUUUUUUAAAUAUAAAAUUGUAUCAACUGCAAAUUUAUUAAGAAGAAAUUUGGCACCAACAUAUUGAAAGACUGCAUCACUAGUUCAGUAUUCAAUGGUUCUUAAAUAUUUUGACUAAAAAUGAUUAUAAAAUACAACUCUCCAAAUCUGCAGCCUUGGUUGAUGUCUAUUUUGUGUGAGUAUAUUGUUUAUUUGUAUAUGUUUGUUGCUUGUAAAACAUUUCAGAUGCCAUUAAAUGUUAUAACACAUUAUACAUUAAAUAUGCAUUCCAUACUUUUUUAUACUGACUUACAAAUGGUGGCAAAACAGAUUGUAUAUCUUUUGUGAUAUUAUAAAAUUGUUGUAUUUAUCAUAUGAGAAUUGAUUUUUUUAUCCUAUACAUAUCUAUUAUUAUUUCUAUGUAUAAUGCUUUAUAAAGAUGAUCAUAUAUGCACCAACAUUCCUUGAAUGCCAACUGUUGUGGAAAUGAUCUGUAAGAGGUCCAUCUAGGGCAGUGGUUCUCAACCUUUUAAGCUCGGCGACCCCAUUUUAGAAUCUCCCACUCUGCCGCAACCCCCUCCCCCCCCCACACACACAGCAAUAGAAGAAUAGACAAUAACAAUCCAUAUUUUCGAUGGUCUUAGGCAACCCCUGGCAAAUCGUCAAUCGACCCCCAAGGAGGUCGCGACCCACAGGUUGAGAACCCCUGAUCUACGGUUAUAUGGUGCCAGGGUUUAAAAAAAAACAAAAGAGGUUAAUUUAUGUAAUAAUAAACUAGAGAUGGUUUGCUGAGUUGUAUAUAUAUAAGUUUGCAAAUACCUUUUAUAGAAAUGUAUAUUCUACAUAUCAUUUUAUGUGUAUACUAUAUGGUAGUGAUAUUUUACAAGGCAAUGUCAUUUGUAUCACUAUUCCUGAGACAUUUGAAAUGCAGCUGAAAACAUGCUUUGAGUGUGGUGAUAAAAUAUAAGAUAUAAUUCUUUUAGUUGUGUUUAUUGUGAGCAUCAUUAACUUCAUUUCAUGCAGUGUUGCACUGUUGGUUUACUUUUUAAAAUGUUUGUUCCAUGGGGCUUUGCCCCUUGUUUUCUUUGUUAUUAUUAUGAUAAGUAUAUGAGCUUUGACAUAAUGGGCAGCUAUGUUCUAGGAACAGCACAACUUGUUUGUAGAGUUCCGGUGUACUUUGUUCUCCAAACCUUGGACCCAAUCAUUUAUGUAUCUCUUGUUCAUUCAGCUUGAUCACUUGCUAGAAAUGUGUCAAGCUUCUUACUUUAACAUAAUUUCUGAAAGGCUGUGUGUUUGUCAUGGCAGGUCUAUAUAAUAAUAAUAAUAAUAAUAAUUUUAUUUAUAAAGCGUUGUUAACAAACAAAAUGUAGGCUCAAGGCGCUGCAAUAACAUUACAAAGACUACAGAUAAAAUAACAAAUAUUAUAAAAAAGGUUUAAACAGAUUAGGUCUUUAUGUUCUUCUUAAAAGUGGUGUAGCAUGUUGUCUGUCUGAGAUCAAUGGGGAGUGAGUUCCAUAUAUGACUUUAAGGUGUGCAGCUCAACAUUUUGUUUCUGCUAAGUACUCAGUAAGUAGACUUAACAUCCUUAAGUAAUCACUUCCAGUCUAAUUACCACUAGAGUUUAGUAAAUGUAUAAUACCUCAUCAGUCUAUGUGGGUAUAUUAACUUAGGCUUAGGUUUAAAAAAAAAUGUUUUUUCCUUUUUUUUUAAAAAUCUGUUAUCAGAUUGAUCUUAAACUUCAAAAUGAAACAAAAUAUUUAUUAAUAAAUAAAAAAGGCUGAAGCCUCUUUUGUUGUAUUGACUAUACAUUGGAUAUAUUUCUUUAGUGAAUGUUUUAAUAUAUUAUAAGGCAAUCUUUUAACAUGGUAUUUGAGUGACCAUUUUGAUAUGUUCUUUGAUUGAGACAUUCACUAUUUCAUUUGUUGGAAUCAUUUCAUUAAAACUAGCUAUUUAUCUUGCUCACAGUUUGGUGUCAGUCUAAAAUCAAAAGAUAUUGUAAAAGUAAUCUGUUUGAAAAGAAAUCAAUAUAUUCAUUUAACUAAUGUGAUAUCUGGUGAAUCAUUUAUUACAGUUUUUAAAAUGUAAUUCACUCUUCCUUUCUAUGUCAUUAAAUGCGCUUUAUUUUGUCUGGAGUAAUUUUUCAAAAAUAUUUGUUACUUUAAUAUCAGCAUCCACUGGAGUGUUGUAUGUUUAACAUUGAAUUUCAAGAUGAAUGUACUGUGAUUGUUCUACUACAGUGUUUCCCAAACUUUAAAAUUUUUUCCUCAAUGGAACACUUUGCACAUUCUGAGUAUGUUGCUUAUUUGUUUAGAGGGAUUAAUUCACAUAUGCUGGCCUACUAGUUAAUUAUUCCUGUAGUUCUUGGAACACCUAUUCAAGCCUCACAGAACACUAGGGUUCUGUGGAACACAGUUUGGGAAACACUGAUUUAGUGGAUAGCUGUUACAAUGUUAUGUCACAAAUAUCUUGUUCUUAUUGUAGCUAUGAUUGAAGCUAUUCAAGAGUCUAUAUUUAUUCACAUAAAUCUUCUGGUGCUGCUUUCAAUAGUUCACUGUAAAUAGUUGUAUAGGAGGUUUUGUUCUGAAAUGACAUUGGCUGAUGUUUUAGAUCUGGUUAAACACCAAGCUAAACACUUGUUCCAUUGGAAGCAGGGUAUGGGUGUGUUUACACCUUUCAAUCAAACAUUUGUAACAUCACUUUUUUUCCCACUGCUCAAAACAUAAAGGCUGAUUUGUUGAUUAAAUGCUUGCCUGUUAAAUCUUUGCAUAAUUGGAGAGGAAUUGAUUUGACAAUUUAUUAACAUAAAAUACAAUAUUUUAAGAAUAGAUUUUAGUUGUAUUUUUUAGUCAUACAUUCUUGACAGUUGUCAUUAUUUGAAAGAAUUUUCAUUUUCCAUUUUAGAAAAUAAUUCAUAGUACUUUUUUGUGUCUCAAAUUAAAAAAAAAAUUAUAUUAUUGUUUAUUAAUGGAACCAAAUAUCUGUGUGUGCCACUAGUAGUUUCUCACUAAUGCUUGAGUCUUUACACUAAAGAGUUAACUUUGGCGCCCAUUUAAUUUAAUUUUAUUUCAUUUACACCCUAGAAACUAAACAAACAUAAAUAACUCUAUAACAAAAAUUAACAAUGUACUGAUCACUAUGACAUACACUAGAAGAAUAUUUCAGUGAAUCAAGUAGAAACAAUUAGUAGGUAUAAUAUUAUUAUAGCUUUUAUAUAGCCUUACUAUCAUGCUUAUAGCAUGCUCAGAGAGCUUUCGGUCCAAUCUCAUUUGAGGCCCAGUGGGGGGUAGGGGGUAUCUAGGAGUUGGUUUUCUGUGCUGCCUUUAGGCGCUCAGUAAACACAACUCUGCCUGAGUCGGGUGUCGAACCUCGAGCCCCCUUCUAGGUAGCCAAGUUCAAGCGCACUUGGCCUCUCGACCACGCUUCCCACUAUAGCUAUAAUAGCUUUGGGUCAGUACUAUCCUAUUACCUCGUGUUUAUAUAAACUUUUGUAUAUUAUUUAUAUAUCAAUAUAAACAUAAAUAAGUGAUUAUUUCAGAAUUCUGAGGUGAUUGGUGUAUACAGUGCAUGUGUUUUCAUGACUAGCCUUACAAUUACUUCAUAUAUUAGUUUUGAUAAAAACAGUUUUGUGAACAUUAUUAUUUCCAUAUGCAGCAGACUUUUUCUAUCCCCAGUAUUAGUUUAAAAUUUAGCAAAUCAUUUCUUUAUUAUAAACUUCAAAUAUUUUUUUUUUACCCAUUUUGAUCAAGAAAAUGUUCUUUAUUAAAAGUUUUUCUGAUUUUUGUAACAGGUCUCUCAGUGGUAAUGAAACCAGAUUUGAUUUGCUUAGCAGAAAUAGUUGAUUAAUAUUUCCACUAUUUUAAAGUCUAUUUAUAGGAAUUACAGUAAUUUCAAUGGUGUUUUCAGAUCAGUAAGCAUACUUAUUUAUUCAAGAUUGAUUCUGGUAAAAAUCUUUCCUGUAUGUUGACUGGAACAUGAGUACCUUUUUAUAUUACUUGGUGAUACCAAUAUUAUGUUUUUAUUGUUUUCAAUUAGAAUAAUACUACUUAUAACAGAGCAUAACUAGAGAUAUAACUUUCAUUAUACUAUUCCCCCAAAUGUGCCAUUAUUUCUUCAAUUACUCAGUGACACAGAAACUCAAGGACUUGUGUUUAAAACCAUAUCUGUUGAUAAUAUUUACAAUUUAUUAACAAAUUCUAUUUAGUUACUUUUGUAUUACAUUAUUGUAUUAUUAAAUUGUUUUAUCAGUGCUGCCUCACUUCAAGAUAGAGAGAGAGAGAGAGAGCAGCCAGGAGUGACAUUCAGAGUUGUUCCUUGGUGAACACUUUUGUAUUUUAAUUGUAGUGAUAUAUAAAAAAAAAUUAUUUGAUUUCUACAAUAUGUCAAGAAAAUGUCUUUAUUUAAUAAAAAUAAAAUCAAAAGCAGCAAACAUGCAAUUCUAGCUAAAAUGUUUAUAUACAUAAUAGCAUCGUUGCUUAAGGGGGAAUAUUUGCACAUUUUAAAUAAUCUUUAAUUAAGACACAAAUGUAAAAAAAAAUUGGAAUUGAAAAUGUGAUGAGAUUUAAUCACUGGUAUUCUUUAUUUUUUAAACCAAUUUUUUGUGACCAUUUUUAUUUCAAAAAAAUAAAUCAAAAAAACAUUUUUACUGUUGGUCAUGUGAAUGGGUGAAUUUUUUUUAUUUUUUAUUUUUUUUAGUGAAGAUUUAUUUUUUAAAUACUGGCAACUUGAAUCAAAAAUAUCAGCUACAAUAAAACCCAGAUAUAACUUAAGAUAUUUGUUUUUAAAAAGAAAAAUGCUGAGACACUUUAAACAAUGAACAUAUAAGAUAUUUAUUAACCUUUGGUUAUUAAUAACUUUUUUUUGGGGGGUGGGGGCUGGAUGUUGAUAGUAGUUAGUUAGUUCCGUUAGUUCUACUUAGUUUCUUUUGUAGUUUUUGUUUUGUAUAAGAAUUUUAUUUUUAAAUAUUUUGCUAUUAAUUUACCAUGUUUACUAGUUAGUUUCACUGUAUAUUUCAGUAUAGUUCUAGUUGACAAUGAUUAAAUGUGGAGAUAUAUAUAUACACUCACACAUGGCACUAUAUCUAUUGCUUUGAAACUCCGAUGUUGUAUAAGUGACAAGAAGAGAGUUUGCUGCAUAGAAUCUAGUUCCUGUUCACAAACAAUGUCUAGUGGCAAGCAGUGGCUCCACAUCUUUGUCUUUACAAAUGACUUAUGAAAGCUGUCAUGACAAAACAAGCCCAGCCUGCUCUCCAAGUAUUUAGAAGGAAGGACAACUUUGGUCUGCUAAAUUAAAUGAUCUACUAGUGCUGAUAUUUUGUUUUAUUGGCUAUGUUUAGAGAAACUGUAAUCAAAACAAUACAAGAGUUAUCCAAGUCAUUCACAG